AUGAGGAAUGCAGAAAACUUUGCCUCCAGCAGCCUAACAGGGUUCCCAUCCCCCCCCCGAGUUGUUUUGACGUUGUUCUUUGUUUACAAAAAUACUUAUAUACCUCUUUCUAGCACGCCAAGUCGCAGCCGCCACCCCAGGCACCUCUACGAGGCAGCAAAACCCCAACGACUCCCUCCUGAGGGAACACUUCUCAGGCGGACGCCUUUCCCGCCUUUGACGGGCGGUAGGCGGGGCUUGAGCCCUCACACAAGAACAUCCGGGCCUUUCCUCUCUCGCGGCUUUAACCGCCGCCCGAAGCCACCCACGCAGCAAACCCCCUUUCCCGAUUGGUGGCUUGGGCGUGACGUCACGAGCGGGGGGUGCGGGAGAGAGGGAGCAAGUUCGUAACGCCCGCGGCUCCAUCGCAGCCCUGCACUCUGCUCCGUCCCAGCGCAACUUGGUUUCUCCGCUCGGCAGGUCGGCCUGAGCUGCAGAGGAUGAUGGGAAACCGAGGGGUGUGCCAGGCCGUCGUACUCUCGCGCUCUCUCUCACACGCACGCGCAGACCUAGGCGGAGAAUUGGGCGGGAUUUGUUUUCUGCUUUCUGAGGAGAGAAGAUGUGAGGGGAGGAGGAGGAGGAGGACGAAAGAAGGACGACGAGCUCAGAUUAUUAUCAUUAUCAUUAUUUUUUAUUAUUUCCCCAGGUUGCUAGGAAAUAAUGAUAUAAUAAUGAUGUGUGGUAACAAUUCUAAAAAAAUAAUAAUAUCAGCAUCAUUAAAAAACAUUUAAGAAAACAAGCAACAGAAACACGCCAUUGCUGAGGGCAACUUCUAUCUAGGACUUCCCAGCUACGACGCAAAUAUGCCCAAUAUACAAUUCCCGUUGCAAUACCAUCAUUAGCUCACUUGAUGCUUUUAAGUUGGAAAAAAUCGCUCUUUUAAGGAUUUAGCCUCAGAGAUCGUUUACACCGUCAGGGCUCUGAGGCAAUUGAUUUGACAAUAGGGCGUCUCUGAACAUGCACAGAGACUUUCUCCCCCGUCGCCUCCAAUGUAUGGAGAUUAUGUGGCUAGAACUACUGUACCAGAUUACAUGACCUGGUUUUCUUUAAGUGCAAUUAUGCAAUCUUCCAUUUUAUAAUAAAUAAUAAAAUAAAAACACGAGAUAGUAUAUUGGGCAGUAUGCCCCUAUAGGGCUUAGAAAUCUGCUUUAUAUAAAGUCAGACCAUGAGUCCUAGUUCAGUAUUUUCUAUGCUGAACGGGGGUGUGUGGUUCAGAUAGGUCAGGAGAUGAUGAGGGCUGAAGGAGGGGCUUUUUGCAUGCAAAGUAUGCACUCUGCCAUUAUUAUUAUUAUUAUUAUAUUUCUAACUGCCCUUCAUCCAAAGAUCACAGGGCGGUUUACAAUAUAAAAACACAAAAAUACGUAACAUAGUAACCAACAAAAACACAGCACCCUUCCUGAGUGUUUCAAAGGCCAUAGGUAGUUUAAUUAGCCAAAGACCUGGGAGAAGAGGAAUGUUUUUGCUUGGUUGAGAUGGGUAGCAACCAUACGGAAACUGCUGUAAAAUGAAUGUAACACACCUGAUCCCUGAAAGCCAGAGAGCCCUCUUGUAUCCCUCACCUGCUGGUGCAAGUGCAGUUGUGGGCAGGAUUCAGUGUCUUUUAACAGUUGGACUCAGGAAAUUUCAGCACCUGCCAAAAUACUGACUUCGACAGGAGGUCUGUUCUAUACUGCAUCAUUAUGCAAGGGGAUGAUGCUCUGGUUGUACUUGCCACCCAUGCCACAGUGCGCCAGGUUUUCUGGUAGGCAGAAGUUGCUAUAUGGAGAUGCUGAGAUGUGGAGUCAAGAAUACACUACUCAUUUGUGCAUGAAACGUGGAUGUAAUAAAAUAAAGAAGUAAUUACUUGUAGGACCUGGUGUCAAAAAUGGGAGCUACUGUAUUUACAUUCUACAUAUUGAUAAAACAAAGAAUUGGUGGAACUUGUUCUUCAUUCUAAUUACAGUGGUACCUCGGGUUACAGACGCUUCAGGUUACAAUCGCUUCAGGUUACAGACUCUGCUAACCCAGAAAUAGUACCUCAGGUUAAGAACUUUGCUUCAGGAUGAGAACAGAAAUUGCGCAGCAGCAGCAGGAGGCCCCAUUAGCUAAAGUGGUGCUUCAGGUUAAAAACAGUUUCAGGUUAAGAACGGACCUCCAGAACAAAUUAAGUUCUUAACCCGAGGUACCACUGUACUGUGUGGACACCUACACCAGGCAGAAAUGGAGUGUAAACACAGGCUUUUUUUCUCAGCUGAGACAGGCAGAUCCUAUGCAUGCUUACUCAAAAGGAAUAAAAGUGAUGAUUGGGGCAAGUGGAUGUUCUGAGAUUAAUAUUGUUAUGUUUGCAUAAUCGUUUACCCAAAGUAAUCUACUGAUUCGGAAUGUCUGUUCCUCAAUAAUCACAAGCUUGUCCUGUGUGAAUAUUAACUAGAUAUGCUGGUCUUACAAUAUAGAAGACAGUAACUGUAAAGCGCUCACAUACACUGGAUCUUGUUUGCUGAUCAGAUUGUAGGAUCUAUAAAAGUAACAGCAUGCUGUACAGUCAACAAAGUAAGAAAGAAGGUGGCAUUUUAUAAUUGUAAUCUUUACAGGCAGUGUUAAGCAUGUGAAAUUAGGGGAAAUUUCCGUAGUAUGCAGUAAAAGUUGAUAAAAUACAUCACUACCCCAAUUCCAGGUGUUUCGACAGUUGUUUUUAAAUUACAAAUAUCAUUGAUUUAGCAAAGAACAGUUCGCUUGGGGAAUAAUAAAAAGACUAUGUAGUCUUUAAAGGCUUCCAUGUUGCUUCAGUUGGAAACAGUUCCAAUAUAACGCAGGCUCUUGGGAAUCUUAGAAACUACUGAUGUUUUCCCCCAUAGUAGAAUUAUACCCAGAAAUGAUUUGAUGAAAUGUUAUGGCCUACUUCAUGCAUAAAGAGAACUUCUACUCAUUAAACCAAUGACAGUAGAUAUUUUCUGCCCUUGUGCCUGCUUCCAGGAACAAUUAUUAUAACAAAGCUUACAGAACCUGGGAGAAGAACCGUAUUAGAACAGAGUUUUACCAGAUGUUGCCUUCAAACGAUCUAUAAUUGUAUUUGUCUCUCAUUACCGACAGCAGCCUCAGCCUGCCAUAG